AUUCCUUAUAUGACGUAUGUUGCUAAAAAUAAGAUCACAGUUGACAACAGCACUCUGUUCCACGUUUAAACUUUAGAUGUUGGCAGGGUUUUGAACUAUUGACAAUUAUUUCGACAAGAUGGUUGUAAAUGCUUCUCCUUCUACAGUUUCUUUGGAUCACGUGUACGCGAAAAAAGAUGCAGACCUGGAGGAAGAUAUAUUUUUUAGCUCGCCAGACUUCCUCGACCCAUGGGCUCAGGAUGAUUUUGCCAGUAACACUGAUGCUGGUCUUCUUGACAUUGGCCUUUUAUUUGGGGAAGAAUUCCCGGAACUUGGUGAUUUGUCUCCACCUCACAGUGAAAGCACUUCAUCAGAUUCAUACAUGACACCCAGUCCUAACACUGUGGAUGAUGAGCUGCUUGAAAUUCUCAGCUCAACAUCAGCAUCACCUGGUUUGCCGCAAAACAGUGAAGAUGUCACAAUUAAUCUAGGAUGGAAUGUUGAGCUCCCUGACUUAGAAGGUAAUAUUGAUGCCUCAGAAUCACCAACCCCUGAAACCUGCUUGCCAACAACAGUAAAGUCAUCCACUGUAUCAAUCAAUCUGUCUUCAGUUUCUAUCUGUCCAUCCUCUGCUUCUAGUGCGCGCAAGUCAAAACUUCUGGUUCUUACAUGUGAAGAGAAGAGGUUGUUAGAGUUAGAAGGAGUCACCCUACCAACGGAUAUGCCUCUCACCAAGGCAGAAGAAAAAGUUCUCAAAAAAGUGAGAAGAAAAAUAAAGAACAAGCAAUCAGCACAAGAGAGUAGACGGAAAAAGAAGGAUUAUAUUGAUGGACUAGAAGAACGGGUGAAAGCUUGCACUGAGCUUAACCAUAACUUAUCCAUGAAAGUCAAUAGUUUGGAGGAGCAAAACAAGACACUGCUGGAUCAGCUGAAAGAGCUCCAAGCACUGGUAGCAUCUACACAUCCAACCAAGGCCCAAGCAGGGACAUGUUUGAUGGUGCUGUUUCUGGCCUUUGGUUUGGUUCUCUUUCCAAUAAAGAAUGGUCCUGGAGAACAGAAAGAAGCUGUUGCAAAAUAUGCACCAGCCAUUGUGCGAUCUCGCACACUUCUUCAAGUAAAGGAGGAGUACCCAGAUGAGGUUCCAGAGGUGGCACAAUUUAAUCUGAACAGUACAGAUUAUUUGAAGGCUGCCACUCCUCCCAUGUCACAGAAUGCACCAGCAUCACUUGGAGAAGUUAUGGUGGAGGUCUCAGAUAUCGACAGGAGUCAAGGAGAUAAAGUGAAGCCUCAAAAAAGAUAAUUGAUGAAAUCAUGCAAUGUAAAUAGUUAUGAAAUCAUGCAAUGUAAAUAGUUUUAUAAAUAAGAGAAGUUGUUUUGUGUAACUAGCUUUUGGUAUAUCAGUAGUUAAGUGGUCUAUCAUCAUGUCAACUGUUAAAAUUACCCAUCUGUGGGGCUAAAACAAUAGAUUUGCGCCAACCUUUUCCUGUCAAUGGAAAAAAUUCAGUUGUAAAUAUAUUUUUUUUGUGUAAGAAGGGGUAAUUACACAGGCUUGCAAAGAAAAAAAAGUGGUGAAAAAAGUUACAACAUCAAGACCUAAAAAAGUAGCAUGUUUCCACAACAGCUGGGAAAUAAGUUCUCAGUCAUCAUGUUCUUCAUUUCUGAGAGGAAAGUCAACACUUUUGGGAUGCAAAGUACUUAGGUUUAUUUUGUAAAAUGUAAUGUAAAUUUAUAAAUAAUUCAAACACAUAGUUAAUGGUGCAUGGAUGUCAUACCACUUCCUACAACGAUAUUGUAAUCUAAUUACUGUAUGUCAUGCAUUUUUGUUUAAAAAAACAAAACAAAACUAAAGUAUGGUUGUUUUUUUUUUGUUUUUUUUUCUCAUUACCAUUUUUUUUUAGUCUCUUUGAUGUUGCAGGUAUUAUAAUUUGAUGGAAGUGGCUUUGUUUAAUAUACACUUACGUUUAAGGUCAACCCUCUUGUUUGUAUGGGUGAUCAAGACAGAAUUUCUCCUUACAAUAUUGAUACAAUGUCAAGUAGACAAGUAAGGAGAAUAAAGAAACAUAUCAGUAAGGGCGAUAUUAGUUGAUCCAAUACAAAAUUCUCUGAACCAGCAUAAUGAGAAUUGUAUGGCAAAAAGUAAGGAGAAUUGCAAGUGAUCUCAUGGGAGAGAAACGAUUAUCACUCACUUGGUAAAAGACUAUUGGUAAGCCGUCACUAGUUUCUGCAUCCUAUCACUACUUUGUGAGAACUACAAGUGUUUUUUUGUUUUUGUUUUUUAUCUAUUCACAUGGAUUAUUAGCUAACCCCCAAAAUUUAUGCCAGUUAUUCCAUUUAAUGUGAAUGUAAAGGAUAAGUUAACUUCACUCCAAAUUAUUGUCAUCAUUAUUUGGCGAAAUAUUGAAGGACUUACCCACUGGUGUAUGUACCCCUUAACAAUCUAGUGAUGCAUGGCUGAGGCUCUAUUGCUACCUACCCUCCUUGGUGAAUCCCAGAUUGUUAUAAUUUGUGAUGGCAUUUAAAUUGU